AUGUCAAACAGCACUUUAAGUGGUCUUGGCUGUUUUCCGCUCGUAGGUUUAGCAUCCAGUAAGGUUUUGAACGGAUGUAUAUUCAAUUGGGUCUCCAAUGUCCGUGCAACGUCGGCAGGAUCAGACUUAUCUGGAACCAACGCAAUUUGCACGAUCUCCUUAAAGCUCAAAAUCUGUUGCGGAUCCAUGGUCAAGAACGGUUGUUUCUCAUUCACCACGGUCUCAAACCGGUGUGCUAUGAUCUCAAACUCAUCCUCGGUACACUUGUUGUCUGAUUUGCUGUUCAUUGCCUCCAAAAACUUCUCGUCCUCUUCGUCCAUACAGUAA